AUGGUAAUGGAAGUGGACGAACCAGCAGUUGCGGCAACGACAUCCCAAAAUGAGCAGCAGGAGGUGCAGCAGAAUGACGUCGAUAUGGACACUUCUGAGGGACCAAUCGAGCCGGAUCAGACGUUCGAACCGGUAGACCAAAUUACUUGGAAAUUCAACCAGGUGAAAGGAAAUAUAGAUGCCGAUGUGCACACUGAAGCUGAUGUCAUUUCGUGUGUGGAAUUUUCACACGACGGUGAGUAUUUGGCUACUGGAGACAAAGGAGGACGUGUAGUAAUUUUUCAAAGAGAUCAAAGCGGGAAAUACGUGAAAGGAGUUCGAUCGAGGGAGUACAACGUGUAUUCAACAUUCCAAUCUCAUGAACCUGAAUUUGAUUACCUGAAAUCGUUAGAAAUUGAUGAGAAAAUUAAUCAAAUCAGGUGGCUGAAAAAGAAGAACGCAGCCAAUUUCAUCCUCUCUACAAAUGACAAAACGAUCAAGCUGUGGAAGAUAAGUGAACGAGAACGCAAGAUAGGAGAUGAUGCUUGGAACUUGCCGAGAACGAACAGAAUCAACACGUCAUCCUUCCGGGGGAAACUACAAAUUCCGUCGAUUGUACCUAUGGAGUUGAUAGUUGAAGCCAGCCCGCGACGGGUUUAUGGAAAUGCUCACACUUAUCAUGUCAACAGUAUUUCAGUCAAUUCUGAUCAGGAAACAUUCCUAUCUGCCGAUGAUCUACGAGUAAACCUUUGGAAUCUGGAAAUAACUAAUGAGUCUUUCAACAUUGUCGACAUAAAACCUGCCAAUAUGGAAGAGCUAACAGAAGUCAUUACCGCCGCCGAAUUCCAUCCAACACAAUGCAACUGGUUCGUUUACUCGUCAUCAAAAGGAUCGAUUCGAUUGUGUGACAUGAGAGAUCGUGCUCUUUGUGAUGCAUAUGCUAAAAUCUUCGAAGAACCAGAAGACCCACAAUCCAGGUCUUUCUUCUCAGAGAUUAUUGCAUCUGUGAGUGAUGUCAAAUUCUCGCAUAAUGGAAGAUAUUUGCUCACCAGAGACUAUCUCACUGUGAAGGUGUGGGAUCUGAAUAUGGAGUCACAGCCAGUUGAGACAUACCCAGUGCAUAAUUAUCUCCGAACGAAGCUGUGUGCUCUUUACGAGAACGAUUCGAUUUUCGAUAAGUUCGAAUGUGAUUGGAGUGGUGACGAUAAGCACAUUCUCACCGGCUCUUAUCACAAUCUGUUCCGAUCCUACGCUCGUGGUAAUAAUCAAGGAGAUGCGAAGACAUGGGAGGCCCGGCCGCAAGAAAAUCACGCCACGCUUCGAUCUCGAUUCGUUGUUCCGUCCGCCAAGCGAAAGAGGAACAAUCUGUCGUCGAGCGGUGAACAGACGGAGGAGGAUCUAUCAUCAGACCAACUUCAAUUCGAUCGCAAAAUAUUGCACACUGCCUGGCAUCCAAAGGAUAAUAUCAUUGCACUUGCCGCAACUAACAACCUCUACAUCUUUUCUGAUGUUUAA